GAUGCGAUCAGCGAUGAGCGGAGGCUUUUCCUUAAUUGCUCAUUUCGGUAACAGAGGCUAAAGCACCCGAAACCAACCGCCCGCAGCGACUCUCGUUCCAGCGAGAAGCUCCGCGUCUCCGCCACGGUUCACCGUCGACAUGUCCAUGUGGUGAGACGACGGCGCACACUUUACCCGGCGGUUUUGGCUCGAGAGCUCCAAUAUGUCCAAGCGGCGCUCGUCAGAGAGGGGGGCUGGAGAGACAUCAGGCAGGGCCAGCAAGCUGCAGUGUCCUGGGAUAUCUGGCAGUAAUGCCAAGAAAGCCGGCCCCUUCAUCCUCGCAGGGCCUCGCCUGGGCAACUCACCAGUGCCCAGCAUCGUCCAGUGUCUGGCCAGGAAGGAUAACACAGACGACUUCUAUCAAAUCAAAAUCCUGACACUGGAGGAGCGAGCUGAUUCUGCUGGGGAAACGCAGGAGGAGAGGCAGGGAAAAAUGCUGCUGCACACAGAAUACUCCCUCCUUUCUCUGCUGCACAAUCAGGAUGGAGUGGUCCAUCACCAUGGCCUCUUUCAGGAUCGGGCCUAUGAGAUAGUGGAGGACAUGGAGGCCAACAAAGUACACAAGAUGAAGAAGCGGAUCUGCCUCGUGCUGGACUGCCUAUGUGCCCAUGAUUUCAGUGACAAGACUGCAGAUCUAAUAAACCUUCAGCAUUAUGUGAUUAAAGAGAAACGACUGAGCGAGCGCGAGGCCAUUGUCAUCUUUUAUGAUGUAGUGCAUGUGGUGGAGGCCCUUCAUAAGAAAAACAUUGUGCACAGAGACCUCAAACUGGGAAACAUGGUGCUGAACAAACGGACUCACAGAAUCACCAUUACCAACUUCUGCCUGGGAAAACACCUGGUGAGUGAGGACGACCUGCUGAAAGACCAGAGAGGAAGUCCAGCCUACAUCAGCCCUGACGUGCUAAGUAGUCGGCCGUACCGUGGUAAACCCAGUGACAUGUGGGCUCUUGGCGUGGUGCUGUUUACCAUGCUGUAUGGCCAGUUCCCCUUCUAUGACAGCAUACCUCAAGAGCUCUUCCGCAAGAUCAAGGCUGCUGAGUACUCCAUCCCCGAGGACGGUCGUGUAUCUGAGAACACUGUGUGCCUGAUCCGAAAGCUGCUGGUGCUGGACCCUCAGCUAAGGCUGACUGCAGGAGAGGUGCUGGAGUCUCUCAGUGUCAUCAUUGCCUCGUGGCAGUCUGUGUCAUCGUUGAGUGGCCCUCUGCAGGUGGUGCCAGAUAUUGACGACCAGAUCAAUCACCCAGAACAUCUGCAGGAGGCGAAGGCAAUAGAAGAGUCAUCACAGUACGAGUUUGAGAACUACAUGCGCCAGCAGCUCCUGUUGGCUGAAGAGAAGAACACUAUCCAUGAAGCCAAGAGCUUCCUUGCAAAGCGCCAGUUUGGCAGCAUCCCCCCCGUAAGGCGCUUGGGCCACGAUGCCCAACCAGUCAGCCCACUGGAUGCCGCCAUCCUGGCACAACGUUUCCUCCGGAAGUAGUCCUCAAACGCUGUCUCAGCCUCUCUGGGCUCCCUCCGGACACCUGUGGAGUCCAGAGGGGAUGAAACAAGAUAAACUGCUCGCACAAAUGGUGCCUGGUCUGAACCCGCGUACAGAUGGCACCAUGCAUAGAUGAACUGCAGGCCGGCUCGGCAGAAUAGACAUGAGGGAGGCACCAGAAUAAACUGCCAAGCCAGAACUUAAGUCUUCGUGUCUGGAUAUAGAAAGGCCUGGAGCAAGAUGUGACCAGGUCAUCCACAGUGGCAUCUCACUGUGCAACCACACAGUCACACAGGGGUUUCACACAAGGCUCUGCCUGGAAUGUUGAAGAGACUUUUAUCCUCAUAUUCCUCCUCCUCCUGUUGAGAAUCCCUACUGUAACACUUUCACAUUUCUGGAUACCCUGAGCAAAACGGGGCCAGAACCAUGUAGCAGCCCUUCUCUUCCUGGUGGUCAAUGGUGUUGCCUAAAGUAAGAUAACCUUAUGACAGAUGCCACUCACCUAUACCUCCAUUCCACCCCUUCACUCUUUCUUCUUCUAUUUCCCUGUGUUAAAAUGAUCCAGUCUGGUCCUGUAUGUAACUUGGACUUCAAAUCAAUCUACCUCUCUGUCUCUCUUCUCUGUUGGUAAACCAUGCUCACUGUUCUGAGACAAGGGAUUGUAACAAUGGAGUCUUGAUGCCACCAGUGACAUAAAGCAUUAAUGUUUUCUGUCAGAGAAACCUUUUAAAGUGGUUUCAAAAAUCUGAAUAAGCUUUUAUCAUACUUACCUGAAUAAGUAGCAUUUGAUCCCUACUUCUGCAUUGAAGAUAUUAGAUAUCGAAGUUGUCUACAAGCUUUCUUUGAUAUUUGCAGAAUAGGUUGUUUCCUGCUUUUGCUCAUCCCUGUGCUAAUCUUUUAGCGUCUAGGCAGCUAGUGUGAGGUACCUGGAAGUCACAAAGCCAAGACCUGAAUAGGGGAACAGCUGUUGGAUCCUCCCUGCCAAGGCAUAUCGAUGGCUUCCUCAGUGCUAAUAUAGUUCAGAUCAGGCACUGUUACAUUUCUCUUGCCAAAAAUCAUGUCUUAAAGUUACUCUUAGCCAAGGAAACUGGUACCUGCGGCCUCGUUCAGAAUCAAUGGCUUCCAGGUAUUCCAACCUCCCUGUUUUCCUUCAUCAGGACAGAUUGUGGGACAAGUGUUUUUCAGUACGAAUGUGAACUGUCCUUCUAUGCUUUAAUAUAUCGCGUGUGUGUGUGUGUGUGUGUGUGUGUGUGUGUGUGUGUGUGUGUGUGUGUGUGUGUGUGUGUGUGUGUGUGUGUGUGUGUGUGUGUGUGUGUGUGUGUGUGUGUGUGUGUGUGUGUGUGUGUGUGUGUGUGUGUGUGUGUGUGUGGCCACACGAAGUGAGUCUGCAGAGCCGUCGAGCCGAUGACCUUUGACGGCCUCAGACCCUUUAAGCUAGCCUCCAGUCUGCGUUCUGUUAAUGGCCUGCCGCUAUGGCAGACACUGUGAAAACCAUAGCAGGCUUUGCUAAGACUUGCCAUGGAACUAAUGUCUUAGCAAUUGCCAAUAUUGGAAAAUAUCACAUAUCUAUUGCCAUUCUGAAGCCCUCUCUAGCUCAACUUGUAAAUGCUUGUAUUUUCUCACCAUAUAUAGGCUCUCUGAGGGACUAGCCAGUGUCUGGUAAUUGAUACUGUAAUAUUUCAUAUAGAAAUGACAUUACAGACUCUGGGUUUUGGGUUUAGUUGCUGGGUCCUUUUUUGCGGUUUUACUCUUCCUUUUUUUUCUUUUUUUUUUUUAAAUCAUGAAAUAUUUCUACAAACCUUGGCAAAGCUACUAACCAGUGACUGUUAAGCAUCUGUACACUGCAACUUGCCUUUGCUUACUGGUAUCUGCUCUUAUUUAUAUUCAAACUGAUUGCAUGGAUAUAGGCUCUGGAAUACUUUCAAAUAUUUCUUUCUCUUUUGUUUGUAAUUAGAUGUUGAUUUAUUUAUUCUCUUGUGUAUAUCCCAACCCCCGCACACACCACUGGGACUUGUAUCACCGGCAUUGAUCAUAGUCCAUCAGAUAAUUUCCCUCUAGAGACUAAAUGCAGCUUUAAGAAAUGUUCCCUUAGCAGAUGGAAUAUGUUAAAAUUUGAUCCUUUUAGCCACAUCUGUCGAUAAGUAGCAUAGCAUGUUUUUGUUUUCCUUUUCUCUUGCCAUUUUGCCACAUCCCCUGUGGUGUAAGCUACACUAAUAUUGAGACUGACUUUUGCAUAGUUCUAUUUUUUACACGAUCCCGAAUGCUCGCGCCUGAUCUGGAUUUGCGGGAGGGGUUUUCUUAGUGCUCUCUUCAUUUUUCUACCAUCACCCCCAAACCCUCCCUCACAAGGCCGCGCUGUCUGGUCAGUAUGUAAAUAAUGUUACCAUCACGACUGCGCCAGUCACAUUGUACGUAGUUCACCCAGUGAGACACCAGCUCUUGCUUCAACACAUACCAACUGACAUGCGUUAUGGGCCACGUUGGCCGGCAACCACCACAUCAGGAGGCUAAAAUAAUACGUGAGAGCCGUCUGCUUUCUCCCACCUCAAUGUGAAUUCUGUAGGUAUGCAGCAGUAUUGUAGUAGUCUAGGUUGUUGACCAGAUAAGGGUGUUGUGUUCACCCUAAGUGCUGACAUGAAGUGAUUGUCUUUGGGAAGUGUCUUGCUCCAUCUUCCAUGGCACCGGCUAGUGAACUAGAGGUUAAAAACAUAUUGACGUAGAUGCUAAUGCCCCCCCUCCACACACACACAUAUCUAAAAGUGUUAGUUUCACUUUUCUAGAUGGUGGAUUGUACCACAUUCAAUGUUUGUUUUGCAGAACUGUAUUGGUAGGAUGGAAUGUGAACAGAAAUGCAUGGAAAUAGUGUGAGGGUAAAUUCUGUGUAAAACGUGACUGUUGCAUGAUUUUGAACUCACAUGGUGUGUCAGAGCAACUGAGAGGGUUGAAGAAAUAGUCCCUUUUUUUUAGAACUCAAAGUAAAGUUGAAAGCAAGAAUUAGUCACCCCUAAUUGGAUGUAUAGUACAAUUUUACUGGCUUUCUAUAUAUUCAGUUUUUAUAAUUUUUUUGUUCAGGUUCAAACGUUAUGAAGUAUAUAGCUGAUUAUUACUGACGGUUUCAACUGGAAACUUGGUGUAGGAUAUGAAAUGUGGUGCGGUGUAGUUUUAAACCCAAUGGGAUAAUGUGUUAAAGCUGCUUGGUCGAACAUGGGCAUCUAGAUACAGACAACUGCGUAAUUGUACAGAUGAGAAAUGUUUGUAUAAAAAACAUAUUUUUCUACAUCAGAUCUCUACAUGCAUGUCAGCAAUAAACUUUGAUAUGGAAACAUUUAA